GCACUCAUGUCAUUGGGCUUAUCUCUUAUCUGCUGAUGUAAAGGGGCGUCCAGGCCAGGGGUGAUAUUAUUUUAAUUUACGGAAUUUCUUCGCGUGCUAAAGUUUAUGUUGUUAUCCUCGUUCAACCUUUAUCACGUUUAGUGCUGUGCGAAUUGGGUGGGCCUUUUGAACGGAAUUCGUGGCUUUACUUAAGUCAACAUUGACGAGUAUUUCUUGCAGCAAAACCUAAAAUGGGUGAGGAAAUUACAGGUAAUCCAAUAAAUGAAGAAAACAGACCUACGGUGAACGGCGAAGAAAACGGCAAAAGCUUAAAAGAUGGUGUUAAGUACUACACGUUAGAAGAUGUACAACUCCAUAACAAGAGCAACGACACAUGGCUCAUCAUUCACGACAAACUAUAUGAUGUCACGAGUUUCCUCGAAGAACAUCCAGGAGGUGAGGAGGUGUUGCUGGAGCAGGCUGGUUCGGAUGCAACAGAGAGCUUUGAAGAUGUGGGUCACUCAACGGACGCCCGAGAGAUGCUGCAGCAGUACUACAUCGGCGAGCUUCACAUGGAUGACAGAAAAAAGGAUAAGCCAAAGCUGCCAGAUGUAGAAUUCCCAUCAGGAGGGUCCAGCAACUCCUGGACCACAUGGGUGAUACCAGCCAUCGCCGCGACUGUCAUUGGAGUCCUGUAUCGGUUCUACAUCUCCUCUUGAGUGCCGACUGCACCAUUUCUCAUUCUUCUCAUCUGGAGGCCUUUGACAUGUUUGACCAAAACACCUUGCAUAUUAUCCCCUCGAACCGUCUCUAUUCUUGACAACAAGAGGAGGGCGGAUAUUGUUUAUCUCCCGUAAAGUCGACAUCCACCUACCCCAGCAAACAGGCAGUCGAGGAGACUUUACGGAACUCGUUGCCUCCAGAUACUUUGUUAUCAUUUUGCCUGUUGUAAUUGUUGUUUAACUAUGCAUAUGUCUGCUUUUUUUGUCUGAUUGGAAAGGAUAAGAACACUUUGCUUAGAAGCAAAUGGCUGUUUUUUUAAAUCUGAUCAGCAUUGAGACUGAAAAUGCCUAUUCUUAGUUGCAGUUUAUAUGGGGAAAAAUCUAGUUCCAGACUUGAUUGCAUUCUUUAUAGUCUUAUAUUUUCCCAGUUUGUUUCACUAGCGCUCUGAAAAUGGCGACGUAAAUUGCAAAUCUAGACUUUAUCAAGGGGGAAUUUAAUAUGUACGUAGAGUUGUCUUACUGUUGUCCAGGUUGUAUGGCAAAAGUAUUUAUACUAUAACAAUUUCAACAAGAUAGCAGAAUGGGGGUUAUUAGCUUGUUUUUCCCAUGAAGCCAUGUUAACCCAGCCCUUAUUGUUAGGCGAUUUUUACCGAAUUCCUUCUGUCUGCAAACCUCAGAAACACUUAUACACGGAAGUGUGGAAAAAUAUGUUAUCUGUUCAGCAAAAGAUUCCAUGCAAUUGUAUGAUUUUUGUUUUGUUAAUUAUAUCAUUAAUAUAGCAUUGUGCACCUGUGCAAAUGGAUAUCCAGUACCUGCCUUUAAAAUCUGUUUUACAAAAUAUGUGCUACAACUUGCACUGUUUAAAUCAAAACAUAACACUCACAGUUGUAUAAAUUUCCUAUGCUGUUGUAUUUUAUCUGCCAUCUCAUGUCAUUAAAAGUACCUGAUUCAAAUAAAUUCUGAAAGCAAUUAA